CAGUAGUAGUUAAAGGAACGGGAGGUGAGAUAGAGUAGGAAAUGGGUUACGAUUUAACCCGAUUUGAGGGUCCGGUCGACGAUGAGCUGAUCUGUUCGAUAUGCGAUGGCGUACUCCAGAAGCCGACACAAGUGGUCACUUGUGAACACGUAUUUUGUGGCCAAUGUCUCGAUGAUUGGCUACGGGAAGGCAAACAAACGUGUCCGCUGGACAGGGAGUUUAUUGCCCGCGAAAACGGUAUGAAAUCGCCCCGAAUUGUUACCAAUUUGUUGGCCAAACUCAAUAUUAAAUGCGAUUUCGAGUCGUACGGAUGUCGGGUAGUGGUCAAACUGGAAAGCCUGGGUAAACAUUCCGGUCAGUGUCCGUAUAAUCCCGAAAAGCCGCUGCGAUGCGAAAAAGGUUGCGGCCAAGUACUGGCCAAUCGUACCGAAUUUGAUGAACAUAAUUGUAUGGAAAAGUUACAUAAUCUGGUCCGCGACCAAAGCGACCAAUUGGAUGGACAGCAGCAACAAAUCGAUGAACUAAAAGCCGAAUUGUUGACCUAUAGGAACAACUAUCAGAAAUUGGACGAUGAGUUUCGGCAGACCCGACACUCGAUAAAUAGCAUUGAAUUUAAGCUGGCGGUAGAACAGACCAAAUCGGCCAAACUGUUGGACUGUAUGUCCAAAUGUGCCCACGAAAUGACCACUUGUCACAGUCUAUUCAAAGAACAUUCAUCAGCAUCACAACAGCAGAUCCGUCGGCUGAAGAGUGUGUCCGUCCGAUACAAUGGUACGGCCAUUGAUGUCGAUCCGUACGAACGAUUGGGUAAAGUCAAGACAAAUUUGAUGAAAAUCUUGAACAUUAGAUCCGGUAAAUUGAAACUAUUCAAUGGUCCGGACGAAUUGGAUAACGAUAUGAAAUCGUUGAUCGACUACGGUAUACAAGAUAUCAUAGCAGCUGAUCCCAUGUCCACCACCACUAGACUAUCGAUGGUCCAGUGCGACGAAAUCCAAGUUUUCGUUAAGAUACGGGUAAUGAACUCCCGGGACAAUAUCCGUCAUCCGUAUUUGAGUUCAGAUUUUCUACCGAAAACCGUUGCCCUCCGUUGCGACCGAAAGGGAUCUAUUGGUCAAUUGAAAACCGAGAUCCGUCUGAUCCAUCACAGUAUCGACAGUGAAGAUGUUUUGCUGACCUACGGUACGGUUACACUGGAAGAUCAGUUUGAUUUGAGCUAUUAUAACAUUACCGAUGGAUCGUUUAUCAAUUAUUAUGCGCACCUGUAGCCGAUCAACAAUAACACCAAAAAAAAUACU